AUGAAGGACGGAAAGAAGGAGGAGGAGAUGAACACCAACGACCAGAAUUUCGAAGAUGCCGAAGAGAACCCUCCCGCCCAUGGAACAACGCCUGAACCCACCAAUCAGGACAAUCCCCAUGCAGGGGCGCGUCAGGCGAGACAGGCGAAGACAAAUGCCCAAGCGCCGAAGUCUAGGCUCCAUUCCCCGGCGCAGAACCGCAGACAUCGCGCCAAAUCCAUCCUCAAGCCAGACACUUCGAAAGCAAGAGUUUCCAAACGUCAAACACGAGCAUCAACCUUCAAACCCACACCCAAGGCUGUAACCGUCGCGUUCGAGUCAGAGAUACGGGUCAUCGAGUCCCCUAGUCAUUCGAAUGACGAGAAUGAGACGCCCUCGCCGCCCAGCCUAAACGUAUCCGGUAACGUGAAGACGGACGAGCAAGAGGCCGAGGAAAGCGACGACGACAUGGUCAAUAAUCCUCCUGCCGCGCCCGCACGACCACAGCUCAAAUUAAAGCUCAGUAAAGCAGUGGUGCCUCAAGAUGGAGGAAUACAACCGCUGCAAACUCCCCUUGCCACGAGCGCAAUCCGAACGCCCUCCAUCAAGCUCAAGAUUGGCACGCCACAACUCAGCACCGCUCCAAAUGUCCCUAAACCGAAGAAGGCAGAUACGAUCACGAGUACCCCAGGGUCCUCGACGAAGAAACGGAAGAAGCCUAUAAAGGCGGACGAUUCUGAAGAUGAGCUGGAUGGGCCCACGAAGCCUCCUGUGAUACGGAAGCUCACGUUGACCACACAACCCGGCCAACGUGCAUCGACUGCAAAGGCUCCUCCUACACAACCGGUGCCAAUAAGCGUCAAAUUAAAACAGAAAGGGAAGAUCCCCAAACGACAAAUAGGUGUGGGUUAUGAUUCGGAACUUGACGAGAGGGAACCCGAUCCCAUGGUCCAUGAAGGGUUUGUACUGCGCAUGCAACCUGGCCCAGACUGUGACUAUCUGCGGAAGGCCAUCGAGGAAGGAACCGUCUUCAACCGAAGCAAAGGAGGUGCUGAUGUCAGGAUGAGAAUGCUUGACACAAUGGGAAGAAGGGGGAUUUUGAUUAUAAAAGGAAAUCAAUACGCUACGUCGCUGGUCGACCUUCCUUGCGUUAUUGAGGGUAUGAAGUCUUGGGACAAGAAGGGCUGGAUCAAAAGUAUAGACAUCAGUCAGAUCCUACUGGUCCUGGGUCGUUGCAACACGGAUGAAGAGGCCAGAAAUUAUCCUCUUCCUCCAGAUGUCGAUCCGAAGAAUUACCAAUACGCGCAUGGCUUGACCGCCCCGAUGAAAUGGGUGCGGAAGCGCCGCUUUGCCAGAACAAAGCGUACAAGAGUUGACGAUAUUGAGUCUGUCGAAAGAAGGGUGAAAGCUCUGCUUGAGGCAGACAAGGCUGCGAGUCAAGUUCGGUAUCAGUUGCUGGACCACGAUCCACGCCUCGAUGAAGAAAGAUACAGCUCCGGCUUGGAUGAUGAGGAUGCCGAAGGUGAAGAAGAUGAUGAUGUCGAUGGCUAUUUCUCGAUGCAGAACGGCAAUUACGCACCGGCCGUUGAAACGCCGAUGUUUACCGAAACCCCAGUUGAAGACAUCGGCCAGGAUGAGGUUGACGAGUUUGAGCGGAUGUUCGUCGGAGACGAUGAAGGACCAUCAGCCGAAACCGCGUCUCAGGCACACAACACUUUGCACAUUCCCAACGCCGGUGAUUCAUCGUUUGCGGUCACCAGCACGUCCGCCUCACCGUCAGCCACUGCAGCGCAUACUCCGGCUUCGGCUGCCGAGCAGUCGUCUGAUGAAGAUGAUGACGACGAGGGCGGCGAAGACGAUGAAGACCUUGACGAUGCCGAGAAGCAAGGUGAUGAGAAUUUGCAACAAGUCAAGGAUAGAAUUGAAGACAUGCAGCAAAAGAUUGCAGAGCAAACGGAAUUACUGAAAAAGACUCAGAAUGCUAUUCUGAAAAAGAAGCUGGCUCGCAAGAUCCAGGAUCUCAAGGAUGACGUGUCAAUGAUGAAGAAGAAUGCCGGCCUUGGAGGAGAUGAGGACGAUGAUUAG